AGGCUUACGUGCAUGAGAUGCAAGCUUAGAUUAAUGGAAGGUCCUAGGCCUUUGAACAUGGGUUCCUUUUAUUUACUCUCUGCUCCUUGUUGACCUUAAUGAGCACUACUGCAUUCUGAAAAAUGCAAGGAGCUAGCUAGCUAGCCAUGAGAUAAAUGUGAAUUAUCUGAAGAUGGAUCGAGUUGAAUUGGUUGGUGGAAAAAGGAGAAGUGGUCCACUGAGAACGAUCCCGAGUCUGCUUUGAUGAAACUGCAAGCAAAAGUAGGUAAGAAGGGGAGUGCUGCUCUGCAGUAGAAGUAGAACUCAACAGAGUGAAAGAAAAAGAAGAAAGCAAAUGAGAAGAUGACCACUGUUGAUUCAUUGAAUUAUUCGGAUCAAUGUGUUAGAGUUCUUUGUUUGAAUUUUAUGAAUCAGAAAUGAAAAACUCAUGUCGACACUGAGAUGGCACAAUGAUUUCCUCCAGAUUGCAGAGAACAGAGCAAGGUCAUCAAUCAAACAAAGUGGGCGGUCAGGGGUUUUCAUUGAUUGAUUCUCCCCAUUGUCAUGUUGGAGAUAGGUAACAAACGCACUCUAACUAAAGCUUUCGUAUCGCCUCCAAACUGUCUAUUAUAUGCCACCAAUGGAGCCACCCUCGUGCCCAAAAGCUUUAACCACCACCCGAUGUCCUCGCCCUCAUGAGCUGUAUAAGAGAAGAAAAUAGAGAGUUAAGAGAGAUGCUGGGGACAAAAGACCUGAUUUUGGAGAGGUUAUUGCGGCAAAGAUUGCUUUUUGGGAGAGGUUAUUCGCCAUUAUCGCAGCAAAAAUGACGAGGAAGAAAAGGAGAGUAGGCAGCUGCUUUCCAGGUGUUGUUGUCACCAGUGGAAUCUUCUGCAACUCGAGCCAUUUCUAGGGUUCCAGAUUGGGAGUUUGCUUGGCGCCCGCGCCAUACGAGUGCAGUCAAGAAAAAUCAUGAAGAACUGCUGUUCAAAAGCUGGCAUUUUGCUACGAGUGGUUGGCCAACAGCUCAAAGCUUGCCUGAAAUAAUACCACUCCCUUUCAUGUUUUGCCAUUACUGUUACCUCUGAAAUGCAAAGAUAGUAUCAGUACUAUCACUCAUUUGCAAAUUGCCAGAGUUUUUUUUAGUAUCACCUUCAUUUGACUAUCUUGCAGGUAAGAGUUGAUCAUGAGAAAAUUUUGAUAAUGUGUUGAAGGGAGCAUCAGUAGAAGAUGGUAGGAGUAUUGCAGUUCUUCGAUUUCGGUCAAACCAGCUCCUCCCGCAAGUUGCUGGCACUCAAUCGACACAAUAGUGGUCUUGAACCUCCUAGAAAUAGCUUAGAGGUUCCUCCUAUGAAUACUUGCCAUAAUUUUCAACUGGUUCAUGAAGACAUUCAAUGCUCAAGUUACUAUAAAGAGGACGUUUGCCAACAAUCUCACACCAAAAAAUUGAUUGCUGUUGAAAGGCUCCACAGAACAAAGGAUCAGCAUAAUAGACCCAGUGUUGUGGCUCGAUUAAUGGGAAUGGAGUCACUGCCUUCAGACACCAAGCCUACUAUACAUCCGAAAGAGUUAAAUGAUCAUAAAAGGCUAAGAAAGAAAGCGAACUUUGUUUCUUCAAGUCGACAACCAUCAUUUAUGACCAAGCCAAUUGAACAUCCAAAAAAUUUGUUUCCUUGUGACAUCAAGCGAGAUUUCAAUCCACAUUCAGGGAUCUAUGAGAUUGAUAAGCCACUGCCACGAGAACAUCCUCAGGAGGAGUUGUUGCAGAAAUUCAAAAAGGAAUUUGAGGCAUGGCAAGUAUCUAAGGUACAGGAACUCAAACAUGAUCCUCUACAUAGGAGAUAUAUGAAUACUCUUUCACAAGGCAGUCUCAACAAUGAGAAAGUAUCUCGGUAUCAUGUUCCAUCAGCUAGAUCAGUCAUAGAUCAUGAUGAGCAAGCGAAUUUUUUGGAGUAUGAGGAGUCUGUGAGUAAUAUCGAUGAUAAUGGGGUGACAAAACACGAUGCUAGCACCACUGUGUUUGAUUAUGGGCAAAGUAUGUGUGUUUCACCAGGAAGGAUAGUGAUUCUCAAACCUAAUCUUGAAGUGAAUGAUGGCAUUGAGGAGUCCUGCUUAUGUUCACCAUUGAUGUUAAAGAAACAAACGAAUAUGCACGAUUUUCUUGAACAGGUAAAGGAAAGACUCAUUGUAGAAAUGCAAGGAAAGCCUAGAGCUGAGAUCACAACUAGGUGGACUGAACACGAGAUUUUUGUCAGCGAAGCAUUGGCUGAUUCUGAGCAGAUUUCAUCAAAAACAUUCAAACGAAACGGAGGACCGGUUUCUACAGGUGAUAAGAUUGCCACAGUGCAGGCAAAAUCAACAAGUUCAUACAGAAAUGAAAUCCAAUUCAGAGGAAAGAGUUCACCAGGGUUUAUUAGCAUGAAUGCUACAAAAUCAUCAGAGAAAAUGGAGAAUGUUUUGAAGGACGAAACAGAGAGAGAUAGCAUUUUGAUUUUUCGACAAAAGCCUAUUACAUAUCUUUCAAACAAAGAAGCAGAAAAAGAAACAUUCGGUACAAUGCACCAUUUUCUGAACAAGGAAAAUGCCAAUUUAAGUUACUUGGAGAAAAGGAAAGCCCUUAAUGUGUCAAAAUCUUUUAGGCGUGACCAGACACAUGCAUUCGAUGAUGAGAGCGAGUCACCAAAGAACCUCACAAGGUCAUAUUCAGCUCCUGUUUCAGGAACUGAAUUCAGGAAACUUCUUUUAGAGGACAGGAAUGUAUUGACAGCGGCACACAUCCAUCGGACGCAUGAAACAUCUGAUAACAACAUAAUUGAACAAAGGAAGGCAAAGAAAGAUGGUUUUAACAUUAGGAACAGAGUUUCAAGUUUGAGGCAGAACCUCAUGCUGAAAAGUAAGAUUUUUGGGAAAAGGAGACAACUAAUGGAUCAAUCACUGGAAGACGAAAUAUUUUUCAUGACAGCCAUCGAAACCACACCAUCUGUUCUUAUGAACAUAGCCUUUGAACAGGAUAACUCCACUGAGGUGCCUCCAAGCCCAGCAUCAGUGUGCAGCAGCUCCUAUGAUGAGAUCUGUAGGCCUUACUAUCCGAGUCCAGUAUCUCCAUUGGAGGCGGUUUUCGAUGAAGAUUUUCCAUCCCUACCUCCCUAUGAAGAACUAAAUUCCGAUCGUCAGGAUACUAGUUAUCUUUUUCCAGAGUCAAAUUUGUCAGAAGAACUUGAGUAUGAUGGAUCAACAGAAGCAAAAGGUGAGACAAAACAAACAAAAAAUGAACUUCAGGAGUUUGAGUGCACUGCCAAAGCUUAUGUAAGAAAUAUCCUCUUCACCUCUGGCCUGUUUGAUAAAAGCCACUCUGAUCAAGCACUUUGGGAAUGGGGCACUCCAAGAAAACCCAUUUCCAUGCUAGUUUUUGAGGAAGUUGAAGAAACAUAUCAAAUCAGCUGCAACAUGGAAAGUAGCACAUCCCUCCUAAAUGGUGGCAACACUGAGGUAAGUCACAGAAUCCUAUUCGAUCUACUGAAUGAGGCAUUGAUGAGGGCAGUCCAGAAUUCAAAGCCUGAUUCGGCAUUCAAGAAGUGGGAUAUCGGCAAAAAGAGGUUACCGCAUGGGAAUGAACUGUUGGAGACAUUGUGGCAACAGAUUCAAUUGAACAUAUGUCCACCUGAAGAUGAGCUAUGCUCUAUGCUGAGCAUGGUGGCUAGGGAUCUGAGUACUAGCUGGUCCAGUAUGUUACAUGAAGACCUUGAUAUAAUCUGCGCGGACAUGGAGUCCCUGAUUAUAGAGAAUUUAACUGAUGAGCUUGUCGACAACUUGGGUUUUAGCUGUGUUCAGUGUUAUUAGUAUGAUUUAUUUGAAUUUUCCAACCAUUCUUGGGUACUUGUGCUUGGGGACUCACAUUACUCAACCAAGUUACAGUGUUGUCUAUUUUUAUUGGUUUUUUCUUUUAGUUCUUGUUUUGAAACAAAGUGUGGAUAAUGUAUUCUUGCUAUAUAGUGGAAUAAGAAUAAUAAGUAUAACAUUGUGAUGAAAA